AGCGCACCAGUUACUGCUGUCUUUAUGGCACCGCAUUUCCUCAGCCAGUCAUCGUACGGAUAGGGGGUCUAAGCACUUCAUUUCGCUCUAACGCUGCGGGUAAACACACAUUUGCAUUUGGAUUUGCGAUAAGUUUUUCGACGAGAAUUGACGAAAGUGCGGGUGCCAGUGGCCAGAAAAUACUUAGUUAGUACAAUUAAAAGAAAAACAACAAAAACAAAAAAAAAAUCAUUAUUACCACACAAAAACAGGCUCGAGCUGCAAUGGCCAAAAAGUGCAAUAAAACUAGCAAACAAUAACAACAAGCAACCACAAGGUGCAAUAGCAAAACUCGUAAGACAUACAUAUCUACAUACACAGCUACCAGUUCGCUUGUGAUUAUUGACAAAGCGGCGGCCGACCCUCAACGCGCUACAAAGUCAUUUGGAUAAUCGCCGAUACUGCUGACUUAGCCCUAAAUUGGUGGGGCGGGCUGACCCUUAGCAAGGCUUUAAAGGCGAACAACGUUUUGAGUAUGUUUGUAUGUAUGUACGCUUGCUUAUCAUUUAUCGCACCGCAGACAUCCCGGCUUGAACGUGCUGCGUUCACUUUUUUGUUGUUGUCGUUCAUUACUUUCGAAUUCCGUCGUCUUCGCCUGCUGCGGACGGACUCCUAACGUUAUCGCUUGAGUGCGCGCAAUUGGAGAGCAAUUUUUGUGCAUAUGUAAAUAUUUACACAUAAAGUGGAUGCACACAUACAUACAUACAUAUACACAUAUAUACAUACAUACAUAUAUACAUAUAUAUACAUACAUAUAUGUACGUACAUUGUACAAUUUUUAAUUGAAAAAAAGUGGAGGAGCACUUUAAAACGGUACAAAUCAGCAAAUUAGUAAAAGCAAACGACGACGACGACGACAAUCGCAUGAAAUAGCAGCAAAAAUAAAGAAAGGAGGUGCUGGAGAACAACAAGUGCCAAACAAGAGCAGUAUAACGUUGAACUUCAAGUCGGAAUCUCAACUUAAACUGAUAAGACUGUGCUCACAUUGACGAGUAGUAGCUGUUUAACGGUCGUCGCGUCCACAUUGAGUGGCUAUUUGUUGUUGUUGUUGUUGUGCACACGCUACUUAGUGUAGUUGGCACUUUCGUAUGUAGCUGCCGCCGCCACCAACGCAGCUGUUUGCUUCUGUUUUUUUUUUUAAUUUUAGUGUGACAUUAGAAUUGGAGCGCAGCUCUUGGCUCUUCUGAUAUUGUGCGAGCAUUUAGUGGCAGGCUACUAAGGCCCCCCAACCACCAUCAGCACCACCACGACCACCACCUAUUGCGUAGACAAAGAAAGAAAAAAAAUUAAAAUAAAAGUGGAGAAAAACAAUAACAACAACAGUGAAGCCCUACUUAUCUAGUAAUUGAAAAGCAUAUAUAAAUUGCUUACACCCAUCAACAGGAGACAUCAUUAAUUGUUCACCGCUUACAAAGAGUGCAAGUGGACUGCGCACACUAACGCGGCGCAAAAGUCAGUAGAAGGUGCGCGACAUACAAACAUACGUACAUAAUAUAACUAGGAAAAGUAAAAGUGUGUAUCACAAGCGAAGCCAAGCUCCUGCGAGUGUCAAGUUUUUGUACAAAAUUUGUGUUCGAAACAGUUCGCCGUAAUGUUCUACAACAUCCUUUUGCUGUUGUUGGCGUCCUAUCAGGCCACGCAGGCGUUGGAAAAUGGUUUGGCGCGGACCCCACCCAUGGGUUGGAUGCAUUGGGAGCGCUUCCGCUGCAUUACCGAUUGUCAGAAGUAUCCAAAUGAGUGCAUAAGUGAGAACCUAUUCAAACGAACCACCGAUUUAUUGGUGUCGGAGGGAUAUGCCGCUGCUGGCUACGAGUAUGUGAUCAUCGAUGAUUGUUGGUUGGAGAAGAACCGCGAUAAUGCGACAAAUAAACUUGUAGAAGACAGAUAUCGCUUCCCCAGUGGACUCAAUCACUUGGCUGACUACAUUCACGAAGCUGGCUUGAAAUUCGGCUUGUAUCAGGAUUAUGGCACACACACCUGCGCCGGCUAUCCGGGUGUGAUCAAUCACAUGGCAUUGGAUGCGCAGACCUUCGCCGAUUGGGAUGUGGAUUAUGUGAAAUUGGAUGGUUGCUACGCUGAUACCACCACUAUGGAUGCGGGUUACCCAGAAUUUGGUCGUUUACUCAAUAAAACUGGACGCCCAAUGGUGUAUUCGUGCAGUUGGCCGGUCUAUCAGGAAUAUGAGGGCAAAAUCCCCGACUAUGAAGCGCUGAAGCAACAUUGCAAUUUGUGGCGCAAUUACGAUGACAUUGACGACUCAUUUGAGUCGGUUGCAAAGAUUAUGGAUUACUUUUCGAAAAAUCAAGAUCGCAUACAGCCACAUGGUGGACCUGGACAUUGGAACGAUCCCGAUAUGUUGAUUCUCGGCAAUUAUGGCUUGAGUUACGAUCAGAGCAAAUUGCAAAUGGCUGUGUGGGCCAUAUUGGCCGCGCCGUUGAUCAUGUCGAACGACUUGGCUACAGUGCGUCCCGAAAUUAAGGCGAUCUUGCAAAAUCGUGAAAUCAUUGCUGUGAAUCAGGAUCCUUUGGGUAUUCAAGGUCGCCGUGUGUUGAUACAAAAGAAUGUCGAAGUCUGGACGCGUCCCAUUACACCAAGAAAUUCUGAUGGUGAAUAUUCUUAUGCUGUGGCCUUUGUAAAUCGCCGCACCGAUGGCGCUCCUUAUCCCAUUAGCUUCAACUUAAAAGAGAUGGGCUUGCACAGCCAACGCGGCUAUGAUGUUGUUAAUCUCUUCGAAAAAACACAAAAAUUGGGUGUGAUCAAGCAAGCGCAUAUUUUCAAUACGCGCAUCAUUCCAAAUGGCGUCAACUUUUUCAAAUUCACCGCAUUGGAUUAAGACAUCUGAUGCAAUUCUAUGCGUUUAUUAACGUGUGUUCUUUUGACAGAAGUAUAUUUGUAUGAUUUUAAAGACUAAAUACUGUUGAAGACUAUACACAGUUACAAAUUAAUAAUAAAAAUAUAAAUAAAUAUCUAUACAAAAAUUAA